AAAGGAAGAAAAAGGAAAAAAAACACACGAAGAAGAAGAAAGGACCAGAAAGAAAGUGAGAGAGGAGAAGAGAGGAGAAAAUGCAGUACAAGAAUCUAGGCCGAUCGGGUCUGAAGGUGAGCCAGCUAUCGUACGGAGCGUGGGUGAGCUUCGGCAACCAGCUCGACGUCAAGGAAGCCAAGAUCCUCCUCCAAUGCUGCCGUGAUAACGGCGUUAAUUUCUUCGACAAUGCCGAGGUCUACGCUAAUGGCCGCGCCGAGGAGAUCAUGGGCCAGGCCAUCCGAGAGCUCGGAUGGAAGCGCUCCGAUCUCGUCAUUUCCACCAAGCUCUUCUGGGGUGGGCCCGGCCCCAACGACAAGGGCCUCUCCCGAAAGCACAUCGUCGAGGGUACCAAGGCCUCCCUCAAGCGGCUCGACAUGGACUACGUCGAUAUCCUCUACUGUCACCGCCCUGAUACUGCCACACCCAUCGAGGAGACCGUCCGUGCCAUGAAUUACGUCAUCGAUCAUGGCUGGGCCUUCUAUUGGGGGACCAGCGAGUGGUCCUCCCAGCAGAUCACCGAGGCGUGGGCCGCUGCCCAGCGUCUCGAUCUCGUGGGGCCUGUCGUCGAGCAGCCUGAGUACAAUCUCUUCAACAGGCACAAGGUUGAAGUUGAGUUCCUACCGCUUUACAGCAACUAUGGUAUAGGUCUUACCACGUGGAGUCCGCUUGCCUCAGGUGUACUGACUGGAAAAUACAACAAAGGGGUCAUACCUCUUGAUAGUCGAUUUGCCCUAGAAAACUACAAGAAUCUUGCAAGCAGAUCACUGGUUGACGAUGUGCUGAGAAAAGUAAAGGGACUUGCCCCCAUUGCGGAUGAGCUCGGCGUGCCUUUAUCUCAACUUGCAAUUGCUUGGUGUGCAUCAAAUCCAAAUGUCUCAUCGGUCAUUACUGGUGCUACAAAGGAGAGUCAGAUUCAAGAGAAUAUGAAGGCCAUUGACGUCAUUCCAUUACUGACGCCUGAAGUGCUGGAGAAGAUUGAAGGGGUUGUCCAAAGCAAGCCCAAACGUGCUGAAUCAUACAGGUAAGUUGGCCUGCUAAAUCUGCUCUUCUGCUUCCUCUUCAUGUGAUGAGUGAAUUAUCAAGAAAAAAGGGGGAAGAAGUUAAAAGACUUAUGAACUAGUGGUUGCUGUUGCUGUUUAUGGAAAAUGAGGUUAUUCAUCCAACCAUUCUUGUGGUUUUUUUUUUUUUUUUUAAAAUAUUUAAAAAUGAUUUGGGGUGUUGAUGAUGGAAAUAUCUGGUCUUUAGCUGUUCAUUAUUUAAUGUGAUGCAUUGAAGGGUUACUUACAACUGAUAUUUUGAUUUGAAUUUGGUUUUAAGAUA